ACGUUAAAACCCUCCAUAAAUAUACCCAAACGCAGGCACAGAUGACCAAGAAAACAGCAAUAUGGAAACCAGAAAACCGAAGAAUCACCAAAUGGGAGCUUCAAAGGCCAAUAUUCAGUGCAAGAAGCACCCAAAACACCGGCAAUCGCCUGGUAUUUGUUCAGUGUGUCUGAGAGAAAAGCUCUCUCAGUUAUCCACAAGUUCACGUAGCAACACUGCUACGACAAUCUCUUCCUGUUCUUCUUCGUCUUUGUCUUCCUUGUCAUCUUCAAACGCUUCUUCUUACUCGUCUCCGGUGCAUCGGAACCACCGUGUUGGUUUGGAAAGAAGAGGGUCAGUGGGGUUCACGAUGAAUGGCAGGAAUGUGCUUUCCAAGAGUAUGUCAAUGGCGGCUUUCGUUCCGAGAAGACGAGAAGGAGAGCGUAGGGAUCAGGUGAAGAAGAGCAGUUUUUGGUCGAAGUUUCUUCGUCCGAAAAAUAAGGGAAUGGAUGAGUGUUUGAUGCACUCGAGGACUAUGAGAGAAAGGGUUAUUACUAGGGUUCAAUGAUGGUGAUUUCUUUUUUUUUUCCUAAUUUUCUCUCAUGGUUUUUUCUUUUAUUUUCCUUCUAUGUACACCCGAGGGUUGUCAUGGAUAGGUUUUAGAACGGACAGGAAAAAAAGAACAACAUACAUACAUACAGUGUGCUUGUAUAUUGAUUUAUGUGUAAUGAUCUGUAACGGGAUUGAGAAGAAGGGCUUCAUAUUGAUUUCUUUUCACUGUGAAUUGCUGAUCUGUAAUGCUUGUGCAUGCAAUUAACAACAGUGAUGAUAGUUGGAUCCCCUUUGCUGAUAUAAUCCCUACUAAUAUUCGAUUAGUGAUGAGUUUUAAUAUUAAGUGGGAUUUAUUACCAACCAAUAAAUUAUGGAA